AUGAGGAAAAUGAGAAUAAUGAAUAAGGAUAAUCAUCAGAAUGAGGAUAAUGUAGACUCAGUUAACCCUGAAAUACCACAUAUAAACACGCAAGAAAACUUCCCUGACUUAAAAAAAGGAAUCAAACUACCCAAAUCGCCAUUACAAUGGUCAACUGCUAACGACUUUUUCAAACUAACAUUUUCAAAUCUUCCAAUCACACCGCGGGAUUUAAAUAAUAACAUUAACACCAUGGCAACAGUCGUCUAUAACUAUUUCAGCGAGAAUUUUGGAUAUGUCAACAAUCAUAAUGAUGUUCAAUACCAAAGAAAAUAUGAAAGCUUUUCAACUAAAGAUUUGAAAAAAUCAUUAAAGAAAUUAAAAUUAGAAAACGGAGAUAUCUUGGAGAUCAAGUUUGUCGCAAAGAAACUGCGCAACCUUCUUAAUAAGUCUAAUACUACGGACCCAAAUAACACUGAUAGUCAUGCGUCUGCAAAUAUUGAUCACGACAGUCGGAUUGGUAAAAGUUUCUGGGGUUUCGUUAAACGAUUUUUCAAACAGAAUACUAGCUCAUUUCCAUCAUUUAACCUAGCAGAAUGUACAUCAUAUUUUACCAAAACAUUGUCCGCGAUUAGACCAACUAAAACUUUCAACAACCCCAGUUGGAUCCCAAAAUUUGCAUCUCCCCAGACGCCUUUUAAUCUUGACCCCCCGACCUAUCAAGAGAUUACAAAUGUCAUCCGUAAAAUGAAACCGUCUGGCUCACCAUGUCCACUUGAUCAAAUAUCUAUCAUCUAUUUUAAACGCUGUCCUUAUUUACGCUCGUACUUAACUGAGAUAAUCCACGCAGCCUGGUCUUGCGGUGUUGUCCCGUCUGAAUGGAAGAAAGCAUGCACGAUUCUAAUUCAUAAGAAAGGAGAAACAGCAAACCCAGCGAACUUUCGACCCAUUACUCUCGAAUCUGUCCCACUCAAAGUUUUCACAUCAUGUCUUCGCAACAGGACAUUUCAGUUUCUUGCAGAAAACAAUUACAUUGAACAGAACAUACAGAAAGGUUUCACUCCAAAACUCUCAGGAACACUAGAACACACAGCACAGUUGGCACAUAUCAUUAAUAAAGCGCGUGUAAAACAACGAUCACUUAUCAUAACACUAUUAGAUCUCAAAAAUGCAUUCGGCGAAGUCCACCAUAACCUUAUUUAUGAAGUCCUUCAAUAUCACCACAUUCCCGAUCACAUAAAGAAUCUUGUCAGUAGCCUUUAUACUGAUUUCCAAACUUCCAUAAUAACUGAACAGUUCAAUACUACCUUCAUUACAGUCGGUCGUGGCGUCCUUCAAGCGAUUGUCUCAGCCCUCUUUUAUUCAACAUGUCUUUCAAUACCUUUAUCCAACAUAUUAAAUCGGAAAAAUACCGUCAACUUGGAUUUUGGAAAUCCAGUGAAAACGGUACCCCAUUAA